UCGUUCAUUCCCUCACUCACUGUCACUGACUGACAGCGUUCGGUAGUGUCGCAGUCGGCUGUCAUUUGUUUUAAUUUAAUUUUCCUUGAUUACUCGAUUGUGUUUGAGAAAUCGUAUCACCCAGCACUAAUACUCAACUUUUUCGGCUUCGGCUAGUGUCUACGUGACUUUUCAGCAUUUCCAGUGACCAUGGCCGCCAACAACCCUUACGGGAACCUGUUGAAGACCAUCGACAUCAACGGGAAAACCUUUAAAUACUUCGACCUAUCGUCCUUCGGGACCAAAUAUGAACGGCUGCCAUUCAGCGUCCGAGUCCUGCUAGAAUCCUGUGUGAGGAACUGCGACAACUUCCAAGUUCUCCAGAAGGAUGUGCAGAACGUUCUGGAAUGGGAGCAGAAUCAAGCCGUGGAGGGGGGAGUGGAAAUCGCCUUCAAGCCUGCCAGAGUCAUUCUACAGGACCUCACAGGCGUCCCAGCGGUGGUAGACUUCGCAGCCAUGCGUGACGCCGUCAAGCAACUAGGCGGUGACCCUCAGAAGAUCAAUCCCAUCUGCCCAGCUGACCUGGUGAUUGACCACUCGGUGCAAGUCGACUUCGUAAGAUCACCUGACGCUUUGAACAAAAAUCAAGAGCUAGAGUUUGAGAGAAACAAGGAAAGGUUCCAGUUUUUGAAGUGGGGUGCCCAAGCCUUCGAUAACAUGUUGAUAGUGCCUCCAGGAUCUGGUAUCGUCCAUCAGGUGAACUUAGAAUACCUGGCUCGCGUGGUGUUCACUGGUGACGUGUUGCACCCGGAUUCGGUGGUCGGUACUGACAGUCACACCACCAUGAUCAACGGGCUUGGAGUGGUGGGCUGGGGAGUGGGCGGCAUCGAAGCCGAAGCCGUUAUGCUUGGCCAGGCCAUCAGCAUGUUACUCCCCAAAGUGGUCGGAUACAAACUCGUGGGCGAACUGAGUCCGCUGGCUACUUCUACUGAUCUGGUGCUGACCAUCACUAAGCACCUCCGCUCUCUCGGCGUGGUGGGCAAGUUCGUGGAAUUCUUCGGGCCCGGAGUGUCAGCCCUGAGUAUCGCUGACCGAGCCACUGUGGCUAACAUGUGCCCGGAAUUUGGGGCCACUGUGGCUUACUUCCCGGUGGAUGACCGGUCGCUGCAGUAUUUGGCGCAGACUAACCGUGCCAACGAAAAGAUUCAAAUCAUAGAGGCUUACCUGCGCGCUACCAAACAGUUCAGGGAUUAUAACAACGCUGAGCAGGACCCUAUUUUCUCUGAGGUGGUAGAACUGAACUUGGAGACUGUUGUGACAUCAGUAAGCGGCCCCAAGAGGCCCCAGGAUCGAGUCUCCGUGUCGGUCAUGAAGAAGGACUUCCAAGAAUGCCUGACUAAUAAGGUAAGUGAUUUUUGUUUUAUUGUUAUACGAUAGACCAA